AUGGAGCUCCCGAGCGGUUGCGCGGAGCUCUCUGACCUGAAGGAUCUGGAGAGCAAAGUCGGGCAGAAGCCCCCCGACGGGCUGCUGCGCUGGCUGCGGGAAGACCCCGCGGCUCACCUUCUCAGGAGCAACCCGAGCCGGGGGCUGCGCCAUGGGCUGGGCGAGAAGAUCAGGGCGCUGAAGCUGGAACUGGCCUACUUGAGAACGAUAGAUAUCAAGAUACUUCAGCAACUAGUGGCUGUGAAUGAAGGCAUCGAGGCAGUCAAGUGGCUACUAGAAGAGAAAGGAAUGCUGACCAGCCAUUGCAGCAGCCUCACCAGCAGCCAGUACAGCCUGGUAGAGAGUCAAGAAACAUCCCGGCGGGGAAGCUGGAACAGCCUUCAGGACCCCAGUGAGAAGCUGGACAGUAUUUCCAUUGGCAGCUAUUUGGACACACUGGCUGAUGAUAUAGAUGAGUAUGGACAAGGCUCUACCAUAGAGCCCUUAAUGUCAUCCACACUAGGCAGACCAAUGGCCAGAGUUGAAAAGGUUGACCCAGACCAGACCCUUCCUAUUAAGACUUUAAUCAAAGAGCAUGACAGAAGCAAAGAGGAUCAGGAGAAGGUUCAUAGUUUGGUUAAAAACCAGGGAUCCAGUGAGCAAAACAGAGCUACCAGGCAGCCUCCAACAGUAACCAAUGGAGUUUGGGGCAGACAAGUUCCAGAGCUGGAGCAGGACACUGAGGCUAAAGUCACCUUAGCAGUUACACCAACCCAAAGUAGUCCAGCAGCAAGGGCCUUCAGAAACAAAAGAGCUGACUUGGAGAAUUGCAAGUUGAACAGCAAGUUGCACCUGGAGUAUGAUGCCCAUUGGCAAUGGGUUCAUUCUCAAGAUGAUGUGACGUUCUUGUAG